ACAAGCCUCUCCUUCAGCUUGCUUUCCACUCUAGUCUACCCCGAAUUUGCAUUCAUACAAACUGCAUUUCUUUUUUUUCUCCUUUUUUUCUGAAAGAGAAGCUCCUGCGUCCUUCAGGCACGGCAAUCCGACAUGAACUCUGGAAGGCACUGAGACGAGACAGAGAUGCUGAUGUCUGGGAUGCUCCAUCGCCUCCUCCUGGCCGGGACCUGUCUCUGUGUCUAUGGAACCCCUGUCCACCUCUCAGACUUCACUCCCACGCAGGACAGCGGCUGUGAUGGAGAGUGUGCCAGCUCAGUAAAAACCGUCAGGUCAACAGACACCACAGAUGUGAAGUCUAAACCGUCUGAUACAGAACAUGUGACUGGCCUGAUACUGAAUGUAGGUGCAGGAGGAGGGGCUGGCCCACAUGGACAACCUGAGGGGAUAGCUCCAUUGACGCAGACAGAAAACGAGGGCAGCCUUGAUGGAAGAUCUGGGCGGAGUGAGGCUGGUGGAGAGGCAUGGAGCCAAACGGGUAAGGUAAAGAAUGUCGGGAUCUCAUCUGAGAUGGGAGAUGCUGACAGACAGUCGGAGGCAACUUCAGUGCUGUCUGUGGAGUCAGAGAGCACCAAGGAGGACAUACCUGUCUUCGAUGAGCAUGAAUCUACUUCUACAGGUGGGGAAAAGCAGUCGGACACAGACAUGAGUACUUCAAGAUUGACUCCAGGUGGACUUCUGGCCUCCUCUACAGCGCCACCACAGCUGGCGCCUUCAGACAGCCAAGGUGGGGCGGACAGAACAAGGCUCCCUGGUGGAGGUGAUUCCCUUCAGGAUAAAGACCCAGAAACAAGCUCGCCAUCCUCUACAGAACCUCCAAACCCUUCAGCACGGAUCCAGAGACUGACCUCUCACAGUCCCAUCCCCUCUUCGGUCUUUGUCUCCCCUCGGACCUCCACAUCUUUGACAAUUUGGGGCCAUGAUGGAGCUACAGUAUCCUCACUGCCUGACCCCUUGUUGCCUGAAAUCGGACCGAACCUGAUGCCCAGAGAGGAUGGACCAGAAAGCCUGUGGACUGAGGCAGUGAGACCUGGUGGAGUGGACACCAUGGUCCCACUGUCUCAGGAUGAGGCCACAGAGGGCACCAUGUCAUCAGAGGCUCUCCCUCUCAUCUUUGAGCCUUUUGAAGACGUCACACCAGAGGGGGCAGCAGCAGCAGCACCAGCGCCAGCAGCAGUGGUCACGCUGGUGCCCGGUAGCGCUCAGCCUCCCGCUGCCAUGGCGACCGGUGGAAUGCCUCUGUCAGAGGUGGACCUGGACCAGCUGGUAACCGUGGAGACAGACAGUGACAGUCCCUCGCAUGCCCCAUCCCUGCUGAUGCCAGACUGGACGUCACCUUGGCAGACAUCCGGCGCCGAGCUCCUGGAACCAAUUGGCUCCUCAGUUCCGUCUGUUUCGCAGCAGCAAGCCGGAACUGAGCCGGAGGAUCGUUCAGAGAGAGUUGCUGUGAGGACACCAAACCUUGAAGAGAACUUGCCCACCACUGGCCCCUCCCUUUCAUCCUUCCAGCACACUAUGACAACAGUUACCAUGGCAGCCCAUCAGCCUGUGCACAAAUCUAGAUCAGGGUUAGAGGAGAUGGAGUCUGAGGAGGAGCCUGAUGAGGAUGAGGAUGAUGAGAACUCUGAGGAAUCAGUGGAAGAAGAGAGCGAAGAGGACCUGACAGAAAUACCUAAAACAUCCUCGACGCAGCCUCCAUACAGCCUCAUCCCUCCUCCUCCUGUCUGGGUACAACGCAACCAGGGGCUGAUGCGGAGCUGGGUAGAGCUGAUCAGAGAAAAGGCGGGUUAUGUGUCUGGAAUGUUGGCUCCUGUGGGCAUCGGCAUCACAGGGGCCCUGCUAAUCGUUGGCGCCCUCUACAGCAUCAGGAUGAUUCACCGCAAGAGGAGGAACAGCUUCAAACACCAGAGGAGGAAGGUCAGACAGCCAGAGCAACCUCGAGAGCCUGGCACAAGCCGUCAGGACCAGGCAAUGCUGCUGGCUGACAGCUCCGAGGAUGAAUUCUGAUGAGACUCUUUUGGGGUCCUUUGGUUGGUGACCAAUGCCCGAUGCUCCUGUAAUGGAGGCGAACAUCACUAUUGCUAUGACUAAAGCAUCUCCAAUCACCCUGGGCUGUUUGGCUGUGACUCAUCUGAUCCACAGAGUAUGACUGAGUAUAGGGCACAAUUUGCACAAGCUCCACAAAGGUCAGCUUUGUAUCCCCCCCACCCUUUCUAAAAGUACCAGUGUGGGCACCUCUUUGAAUGUUGUCAGGUGAUGUUGAGUUAAAUGGCUUGGCAGGGCUGGUGUGAUGCACUUUGACAUAAAAAAAAAUUGCUGCUUGAAAAAAGAAAAAUGCAUUCGCAGUGUAUUGGCUAGAUGAAAGUGUUGCUGGGAAAUAAAGGUUUCGGCUUUGUGGAGUGGAGGGGGAAAGUGGUGCAGACCAGCGGGUUUUCUGUAGAGUAAUAAAAGGGCUGUAGAAGAGUGACAUUACAUAAACAAUGUAAAUAUGUGUACUGUAUAUGUAGCUGACUUGGGGUCAGUCAUGUUAGUGUAAAUAAAGUUUUAUUUAUUGCUAAACAUGUUCAGCAUUUUGUGAAAAGCAGACACUUAUUUGCUUUUUGGCAUGGAGGCAGAUUAGAAGAUGGAUAUACUGCUAUCAUAUUUGUCCUUCAGCUACAGCUAGCAGCUGACUAGGUAGCUAACUUAGCAUAAAGCUAGCUAGCUUGGCAGAAAUUCUACCAACCAGCACCUUUAAACCUCACAAAUAAACAUGUUAUGUCUUAAUUAUUUAAUUUGUACAAAAAAAGCCCGGAGUUUCUACUUGUUACAUUACAACUGCUAAUUGCUAAACAAAGAAGUUGUAUCGUGUGAAUUUGUGAGCUUUAGAGGUGCUGUUGAGCAACAAAGCCAAACUAGCAGCUCCCUAUUUCCAGAUCAAACUAAGCUAAACUAAGAUAAGAUAAAAAAAAGAUAAACUCAGAUAAGUUAAAAUAAGCUAAGUGUCUCCUGGCCAGCUUCAUAUAUUUUCCUGACAGAUGCGAGUGUUAUAAGUGUUUUCAUCUAACUCUCGACAAGGAAGCGAUUGUGUUUCCCAAAAUGCUGAACUACUGCUUAGAACGAGAUUUCCAGACAUUUUAGAAACCUUAACAUACAAGUCAUUUGCAUUAAUGCUUAGUUUAAAUGUGAAUUUUGUGGAAAUGUAAAUGUUUUAUUCAAAGUCAUUUGUUCAUAAGAGCUACUGUGAGAAACACAUACAAAAUACCAUCAUCCUAAAGUAUGUAGCAUAAAACUGAUUUUGACGUACAGUACAACUCUGAUAUGAACUCAUUUUUCUGCCACUUGCAAAAUGUUUGUUUCUAAGUGCAUGAUGUCUAUUCAUACACCACAACCCUUGCAGACAUUUUUCUAAUAAAGUGUUUCUGUUGGCUGGUAAAGCACAAACACUGGAGACACUGAGGCAGAGGUUAAUAUUUCAAGAAGUCAAAGAUUUUUUUUUAAACCAGCUCAAUUUGACCAAAGUGGUUUUUGUGUCUGUAAAUCUGGUCCAGACAAUGGCAGAUGAAGAAGAUGAGACGUUUUGCCCAUCAAGUGUAACCCAGUGUCAUUGUUGCUGAGAUACAAUAUGUUGUUUUCAGAUUAAGUUUUGAGUCCUUACUUAGUGGAGGAAAAUAAGAGGAAUCCUUUAAUAGAAAACUCCUCUGCUGUAGUCCAGAAAAGAUGCAAGAAAUAUUAGAACACGGGUCAUAUGAGCCAUGUUUGUUACACCAAUGACUUAAAAACUAGGUCUUGUCUUUUGUUUACAGAAAAAGUAUUUUCUGUAUCUUCAUAUGUGAUAUGCUUAAUAUACAACUGCCUGUUUAUAUGCAAUAAUACUGUUUUAGGAUAAUUGUGAUGUAAAAUAGUGACACCUUUUGUCUCUUUAUGUAGACAUGAAACCCGAUGUGAUCAA